AGGUGUCAGCCUGCAUUCCAGCUCCAUGCUGCAGGCUAGGCAUGCUUGCUUUGGGCUGCUUAACCGAGACACAUUUCAGCUGGAUUUCAACUGUGAAAGGAGCUACACCACCACUCUGGUUUUUCGAUUUGAUCAGAUGAAAAGCUAACUGUAUCUUUGCAGGGUUUCAGCUUUUCUCUGCAGUCUUUGUGAAACCAUUCCUAAGGAAUGUUGUGCUUAAAGGCCACAUUUGUGGUGCUCAUCCUGGUCUGCAUGGCGCAACACAUUCUGCAGGCCGAGGGCAGAAAGGAACAGCAGGAGAGGAAGGGACGAGGACGAGUGAAGCAGAACACUUUCGCUCCAAAGCCGACCUCACCUAGCCACCGAGAAAAUGAGAAGAAGUCCGGUGGAAAGGUUCCAUCCAAAGGCCGGUUUUCCACCAAAGACAAGACACAGUGCAGCUGGGAGGCCACAGGAGACCAUUCACUUGUCCUUAGCAUCAGCUGCACCAAGGGAAAUGAGAGCUUCCACUGUGAGUACAUUGCAAAUCCAAGACUGUGUCCUCAGUAUGAGUCCAACUCCGGAAAGUUCUGGAAGCAGAUUGCUCGCUCCUUGAAGAAGCAGAAGAAACUGUGCCAUGACCCUAAAGCACUGGUCAAGGCAACUGUGUGCAAAAACGCGAGCAAGGAGGCGCAUUUCAGCCUCAGGACCCCCGCCAAGGCCGAGCAUCCACCCCAGCUCAGCAACCAGGACUGCAAGGGACUUUCUCAUUCAAACAAGCUUGCUAAGGAACACUGCAGUAGCACUUGGUCUUCAAUUUGCUCCUUUUUCUUUGCCAUGGUUCAGAAUGAGGAUUGUUGAGUGUGAUGUUUGGAAGCAGUUAUAGUGUUUGGCUGUGACAUCAUUUCCUCAGCAAAUAACAAUGUAAUGUACUUAGAAUUACAAUAUUACAUUAUAAUGUAUUAUAUUCUAAUAUAAUAUAUAAUAUUUUCUAUUUAUAUUUUGGAAUAUACCAGAAACAAUUGAUAUCAUCCCUAUAGAGGAUUUACCUUGUCCAUCUCAUCAAAAUCUAACUAAAUAUAUUUUACUAUUUUGUUACUAUUAGUGCUAGGCUGCUAACAUUCCCAACUAUGUUAGUGGAAGUCCCAUUCUUUUAAAGACGACUGGUUGCUCUUCUGCAAGGGAACUUUUAGUUUUAUGUUCUGCUCCUAUUGAUCUAAAGUAAUGCUAUGUAUAUAUAAAAUUUAAGUUGUGUAACUUUUUUUCUGUAUGUCUCACCUCAUCUGUAAUACAUCUGGUAGACUGACACUACCUGAAAUAAAUUCCUUGCUACAUUU